AUCGAAUAAUCCCGACUUAAGUAGCAAUUUUACAUUCUCCGUCUCUACCCUUGCUUCAUAAUGUUGGAUAUUUGGACGUAACAUGCGGCAAGUCUCGCUAUUACUCUUAUCUCGUUUUACUUUCACAUUCACUUGCUGCGCACACGUACAAGAACGGUCUCGUACUUUAUACCAUCGCUAACGCAGACAGGUAUAUAAUCCCCCAUCCCUCGUCGUUACACCUCAGUCUAUUCUACUCAGACUGAGGUGAGAUACUCGCACUCAUUAUCAUACUCGACCGUCACUAACGUUUACCGUAGUCCCUCGUUUGUCUCUCGCAGCCUCUCGCAGCUUCCGUCCGUCCCUACUCGCAUCACAUAAUGCGUCAGACGAGGCUGGCGGUCAGUGCAUGGUCCCUCCUAUGCCUUGGUGCAUAUGCAGCCCAUUCUUCAGAUGCAUCACUGUACCACAGCAAGCUAUGGGUAGCAGGCAGCAUUCGAUCAGCUAUGUUGGCUUCUGUCAGGACCAGUUGGGAACAAGGAACCGCGGCGGGAGCCGUGCUCGAAUUCGAUGAUCCAGAGUACUCUGUCUUUGGAUCUUCCCCAUUUGUUUCCGAUGGAAAUUUCCCCCUUUCAACACUGCAGCUGGCUUAUAGCGCUGCUGUACGGCAAAGUCCUGACGGUCGCCUCAGUCAAGAAGUCGGUGAUGCGUUGGAUGGCGCUGCGUUAGAUGGCGCCUCCGCUGGCUCUGCAGUUCUGCUGGGGAGUUUGACUGACCCAUCUCGGUACAACUAUUGGCUGGACGCGGCUAACGCCCAACUGAAUUUUUUACUCGACGUAGCUCCUCGUACCUCUACUGGAGCUAUUUCCCAUCGUGUUGACUCACGUCAAUAUUGGGCUGAUGGCGUCUACAUGGGGUUCCCCUUUAUUGCAUACUUUGGGGCGGUUACCAACAACGCAACUCUCCUCCAAAUCGCAUAUGAUCAAUGUCGGUUGUACCGUGACGCUCUGAUUCUAGACGGUCCCACUGGAAAGCUCUGGGGACAUAUUUACUCCGACGAUAAUAAAACGUGGAUAGACGAAGGUAUCUGGGGAACUGGUAAUGCGUGGGCAGCACAUGGCAUGCUGCGCGUUGCUGUGACGAUUCAGAAGACUGAGCACUCUUCAGAAAUGGCUCCCCAGAUUGCUGAUCUUACCUUGUGGAUUAAGGAAAUUUUGGAUGGCGAGUUUGCUGCCCUGAGAUCAGACAAUUUGGUCCCGAACUAUAUCACCGGGGGUCCGUCCUUUCCUGACGCAGCCUCCUCCGCUGCUCUUUCUUCUGUGGCAUAUCGGGUUGCACAUCUAUUCCCCCAGAAAUUCGGCACAAAUUACACAGAUGUGGCUGCAAAAAUACGAGAUGCUGUAGUGGGCAAUAUCACGAACCUCGGUACCAUGCAGCCCAUAGUGAAUCCUUUACCAGAUCCCUUUCCGUAUUGGAAUCAAACAGGACUGCUGAGUACAGAGUCGCAAGCAUUUGGAUUGAUGAUGCUUUCAGCAUGGAGAGACUGGAUUGGCGCCUGA